AAUCUCUACACAUAUCAACUACCAAUUGAUUUUGCUAUAGGGCAUCAGUGGGAGAAGAUUCCAUUGAGCAGCAGCAACCAAGAAAUAAGCAGACAAAAGGAAAGGAUUGCUGAACAACCUCUAGAGGAGAGAGAAGAUGAGGAGCUGGAGAACACAGCUCUUCAGGCAACUGAAAUUGAAUGGUUAGGAUUUCGGAAACCUAGCCAGGUUGAUGUGUCACAUUCCAAGCAGGAUGAGGAGCAAGAGGUUUGGGAUGAAGAAAUUAAUAAUGAUGAUGAUGAUGAUUGCAAAGAUGAUGAAGAUGAAGUUCGUGUGAUAGAAUUUAAGAAAAAAAAUGAAGAGGAUACUCAAUUAAAAGAGGAAGGUGAUGCAAGUGAGGACUCCCCACUGAGCAGCCCCAGUUCCCAACCUGUCACACCUGAUGAGCAGCCAACCUUCGGGAAGAAGGGUGACUUCUCCAGAAAUGCUUAUUCAAGAUACAAUACGAUAUCCUAUCGGAAAAUCAGAAAGGGGAACACCAAGCAAAGAAUCGAUGAAUUCGAGUCUAUGGUAAACUAACUGGAACUGAGAAGUUCUCAUGCCCACUAAAGCAAAAGCUAAUUCGGUUUUCCUGAUAUGUAUCUUUGUUGCCUUAUUUGACUUGCUCCCUUUAAAGAAGUGGAAGCUGAAUCUCUGUUUCACUGUAGGGUAAUGUGGAAAUAACCCUAGUAAAAUUUCAGUCUGGUAAUCUCAAAUCAAGAAGCUUUAGGCUCGUUCUUGGACAUUUGUUUUUUAAAACUUCACUAACAUAGCCUUAUGUGCUAAGCACUAAACAGUGAGUACCACUGGGAAAUACAGCAUUUAAAAGUUUGGCUUUAAAGUAGCAAAGCUGGGAAAUGUAGUCAUCAAAUGAAAGAGAACUAUUUGAAAUGAAAUGUAGUUCUUUUUAUGUCUUUCUUCCAAUACAUCGAGGGGGAUAGAAAGUCUGGUAUCAAAUCUCUCUUUAUUUAAAAUGUGAUUUUAUAGACUGUGGCAAUAAACUUUCCAAAAUAC